AACGUUUUCGUGCCAGCAUCUUUCGAACGCAAGAUCCCCGGCCAAAAUCAUCCACCUCGCCAAACGCCGACCAAUUCUUCGCCAGCAGCUCCGAUCCCCGGUCAGAAUUGAAGAUGGUCGCCUACUACUCGAUCUUCGGCCGCCAGGUCGGCUCCCACCACCUGGCUAUUGGUGUCCUGGGUGCCAUGUUCGGCGGCUCCUUCCUGGCCCUGAGCGGCGGCAGCAAGAAGGCUGGCGUCCAGACUCCCCCGAUAAACGCAUCCUCGCCCGACGAGGCUGAUUUCAUCAAGAAGUUCCUUGAGAGCGAGGAGAAGGCAUCGAAACACUAGAGAAGAGAAAAGAAAAAAGGACAAUGGCCGCGAGAGCAAUGCUAGAGCAGCGUGGGGCAUUAUAGCCAGCCUGGCUUGUGUACAUUGAUAGGUAAAGCGGUUAUCUGGUCAAGAUGUGCCACUCCUCUUUGCCGUAAAUCCACCGAGUUCACUAUCAUGAGCCCCUAUUGACAGAAAUGCAUACUAUCUCCGAAUUUGACAUCG